GGAGCGCAGAGGCGACAGUGCCAAGAACAGGCGAUCGAAUGCCACCGGGGUGGUUUGUCAAGGCUAGUCUGACACAAUUAGCAGAAUCAAGGGGAUUAGCUUUGCCUCGAGCUGGGGAGUUCCACGUCUGACAUUUGCCUUAGCGGGAGGAAAGCAUAUGAAAAAUAAAUUUAAUGGAGAAAACGGAAGAGACUCCUUCUGUCUGAUAUUCCUGGAUGAGGAGUCAUUCAAACAUGUAGUCUCCGUGGCAGAUUGAAAUGGUAUAAUUCGAGGCUUUGUAUUGAGAAAAGGGAGUCAUUUAAAAGUGUCUCUAGCAGUCACUGAAUCUAGUGUUGGGCACCCCAGCUUCUCGCCCUGCUCUUGACACCAUGACCCGGCACAAGCAGAAAAAAUCUGGGAAGAGACUCAAACAUGGCAAGAAGAGGGAAGCAAAACCACAUGGGAAAAAGGACCCAGGAGUGCCUCAGCUGUCACAUUUUAAAGAGCUGGUCAAGACAGAAGCAGCACUAAAGCAGAAAAGGGUUGCAGAACUACAGGAACGGCAACGCAUUGCUCGGCAGAAGGAAAUUGGUCGGUUCCGGAGCCUGGAAGGACUCCAGAAGGAUGCCUUACGUAGGCAACAGCGUUUUGAACAGAAGGAAAUGGAUCUGAAGCAGUUGGCAAAACAUGACCUGCUAGAGAAAGACAGCUCUUGCAAGGCCUAUUACAGGGAGUUCAGGAAGGUGAUUGAAGCAGCUGAUGUGAUCCUGGAAGUCCUGGAUGCAAGGGAUCCCCAAGGUUGCCGAUGCCCACAAGUUGAGCAGGCAGUGCUGCAGUCUGGAACAAACAAGAGGCUGGUCCUGGUGCUAAAUAAAAUAGAUCUGGUGCCUAAGGAGAUCGUGGCAAAGUGGCUGAAGUACUUGAGGAAUGAAUUCCCUACAGUAGCUUUUAAAGCUUGUACUCAGCAGCAGACCAAAAACCUGCAACAAAACCGUGUCCCGGUAACUCAGGCAUCAGGUGACCUGCUGAGUAGUGGCGCCUGUGUUGGGGCAGACUGCCUGAUGAAGGUGCUGGCUAACUACUCCCGGAAUCAGGACGUCAAGACAUCCAUCAGUGUUGGGGUUGUGGGCUUCCCAAACGUUGGCAAAAGCAGCUUGAUCAACAGCUUGAAGAGGAGCCGGGCCUGCAAUAUUGGGGCCACUCCUGGCAUCACCAAGUGCCUACAAGAAGUGCAGCUAGACAAGCACAUAAAACUCCUAGACUGUCCAGGCAUAGUUGUGGCUUCUUCAGCUUCAGAUGCUGCCAUGAUCUUACGAAACUGCAUCAAGAUAGAGCAACUGGCUGACCCUAAAAGCCCAGUGGAAGCCAUCUUGAAACGAUGCAACAAGCAGCAGAUCAUGCAGCACUAUGGCGUGCCAGAUUUCCGGAACACCACAGAGUUUCUGGCUCAUUUAGCCAGGCGGCAGGGCAAGCUGAAGAAAGGAGGGACACCGGACCAUGAGAAAGCAGCCAAGGCAGUGCUGAGCGAUUGGACAAGUGGAAAAAUCAGCUAUUUCACCCACCCACCCGAGACCCACACGCUCCCCACUCACAUCAGUGCUGAGAUUGUGACAGAGAUGGACAAGGCUUUCGAUUUUGAGGCUCUGGAGCAGGGGAAUGAGGCAGCUUUGGCGAACUUGCCAUCUGGCCCUGCAGGCAUUACCCUAGAGGGUUCCGGCCUCACCAGUGGGGCAGAAGUCGAGAUGGAUGAGGAAGAGGGGUCCUGCCACCAAGAGGAAGAAGAGACUAAGAUGGAGGAAGAGAGGGAUCUGGAGUUUGGCCCAAUGACAGUUGAGCUGAAAACCAAGAGCAAGACCCUCGCGGAAGUAGAGAAGGCUGUGCCAAGGGCUCCUGACUUGGGUGAGAUCUCCGCCUUAGACCCCCUGCACCAGGGACAGGGCUUGCGAGCAGCAAACAAGCGGCGCAAAAAACAGCAGAAGCGGGCAGAGAAAAUUGCCAGCAAGCUCUCUGCAACACUGACAGCAGCCAUGAAUUUCAGCUUGUCAGAUGACUAAGGAAUGUGCUGAAUAGCGCGAAGAAGAUGAUGGGUACUGGGACUUUAUUUUAUCUGCCUCAGGAAGGUUGCCCUACUCCCAGCCAUUGGUAGCAGAAGGGGACUCUUUGUGACCCAUCAUCCUUGUUUGUUGCUGCAGGAACUGAUGACAUGGUGCCUAUGCAAAACAAAGAGUUCUUUCUCUAAGAUGUUUUUAUUAUUUAACAGGUUAAAAUUGGAGACAGUGUGUAAAUAAAAGUGCCACUGCUCUAC